ACUUUACUCUGAAACUGCUUCGAAUCCCCUGAUUGCCAGUACAAUAUAAACACCGAGGAGCAAGAAUUAGCAGACCACUCUCUCUCACAUUAUGUUAUAUCCCAUUUAAUAAAAAUGGAAGAAGUAAGAAUAUCACUGCCACAUGUUCAUCUUCGUCCUAAGAAGAAGUCACUGAUCUCCGAUUGGGAUCGACGACGGUACGAAGAACAUCUGUUCGCCAUAGCUUACAUGACAAUCAUGUCACUCUGGCAAUUGCCGAUGGAGUACAUAGACGGUAACUAUGUACCUACCGUUAUCUUCAAGGGUCAAACCAAGACUUUUCAGACCUUCGUGUUUGGGCUCACUAUGUCGGUCAUUGGAUCCGUCUGCGCGAUCGUACUCCGCCAACGUGAUCCAACGAUGGCGAGGUAUUAUAGGCUUUUCGCCGUCGGCGCUAUGGCCGUGGCUGUGGUGUUUUUCUUGUGGGCUGCUGUUCCGGCAGCGUUCUGGUGGUUGGCUUCCUUGGUCCUGUAGGUGCCUGGAUGUGGUCUAUUACUAUUACACCAAGCCUGGUAAUUGUUCCUGUUGGGUUUAAUCCCGUUUGAUGUCAAAAUCUGUUAACCCGACCCACUUAUAAUCAUAUGUAAUCGGAUGGUAUGUCUUAAUAAAAGUGGACUUCUUUAUUUAAUAAGUCUAACAAAUUAUUCAAAAUGGGUAAAAUUAAACCUAACCCAUCAAAUGUAUGUCAAUUUUGUAUCACAUAAAUGGUGUCUUGUAAUUUAAAUGAGAACUUUAUGGAGUUCAAGGUCUUU